UACGGCUAACCUCACUUUAAUUGUAUGUUAUCUACGGUGUACACGCGGUAAUCGGCAUCCUAAAUCAAACUUUUCUGUUUUAAAUCGUUUCUUUCAUACGUUAUUCUACAAAAUGGCCACAGAAUUAGAAGAAAAAAUAAUUAAACAAAUCGAAUAUUACUUCGGCGACUAUAAUUUACCAAAAGACAAAUUUCUGCAAGAGCAAAUUGCAAAGGAUGAAGGUUGGGUAGAACUGUCCGUGUUAUUAACGUUUGUAAGGCUAGCGAAGCUGUCUAACGAUCCCGAAGUAAUCGUAGCAGCUCUUAAGAAGUCCGAAAGCAACUUGGUCGUAGUGAGUGAGGACGGGAAAAAGGUACGCAGAAAUCCAGAAAAAGCAGCACCGGAAUUUACUGAAGAACGUAAAAAGGAAAUUACCGCGCGAUCUGCGUAUGCGAAGGGGUUUCCACCGGACGAACCGCUUGAUGAUAUCAUAAAAUACUUGAGUGACAAUCACGGAUCUAUUGAGUCGUGUACAAAACGUGGGUAUGUGGAUAGGGCGACUAACGAACGCAAACAUAAAAAUUCCUGCUUCGUUGUGUUUACCAAUUUAGAAGACUGCAAAAAAUUUGUUGAAGCCGAGGAGGUGAAGUAUAAAGACGUCGAACUGAUUCGAAAAUAUCAAUCCGCAUACAUUGACGAAAAAAAGGAGGAGUACGCACAACGCAAAAAUGUGAAGAAGGGUAAACAAAAAGAGGAGGAAAUAAAGGUUCUUUUCCCGAAAGGUACCGUGUUCCAUUUCACCGUAGAAGCUGAAGACUGCGUGCUGACACGUGAGGAAAUCAAGUUAAAGGUAACCGAAAGUAGUGGAAAUGCACCCGCGUACAUAGAUUAUAAUAAAGGAGAGAAGGAGGGACAUGUGCGUAUGGAAAAAGAAAAUGGAGCCGUGGAAUUUUGUGGAAAACUUAAAGAUAAUACGAUGGAAAUUGCUGAGGUGAAGCUUAAAAUUAAACUGUUAGAGGGCGAGGACGAAGAUAAUUACAUAAAAAAAGCCGCCGAAUUUAUGCAAAAAAGAAAACAAACUGGGAAAAGAGGCAGGAGAAAUAAUAAAUGGAGCGGCAAUCGCGAUGAAGGACCCAAGAAUAAGAAAACCAAACUUUAGCCAAUAAGAUUUUAAAGAUGUUGGGUUUUCAUAUGUCUCAGUAAUCGUUAUUACAGCUUACAAUGAAGUUUUCGUAUUAUAACUUAAGUAUGUUAAAAGUGUAACAAUUGUAAAUAUAUCAAGCUUGAGUUCA